AUGAGAAAUAACCUCACUCUAUUCCACUCUGAUGCAAAAAACUCGGAAGAAGAUAUUUUUGGCCGCUCUCAACUGCAAGUAUGGUUCGAAGUGUCCCUAGGGAUAUUAAUGUGCCUAGUGGCUCUUACAGGAAACAUUUUGGUGGUGAUUGCCAUCCACUAUGAUCAAAGGCUCAACACAAUUACCAAUAUACUGGUCGAAAACUUGGCUUUUACCGACAUCUUCAUGGCAGCCCUGCACAUGCCCUUUUGGAUUAUCAGUCUCCGCAAUGGACGCUGGAUAUUCGGUCACGCUCUUUGCCAGCUUGUGGGACUGACACAGCUGAUAUUUGGAAUCGCGUCGCUGUUUACCAUGACAGGCAUCGCUUUUAACCGUUACUUCAACAUAGUUAGGCGGAACCUUUAUAUAAAGUACUUUUCUACGAAAAAAAUCACCUACAUCAUUAUUUUUCUUACGUGGCUGGGCCCCAUUAUCGCCACAACACCACAGCUGUACGGAUGGGGAAAGAUUGACUAUCACGCUUUGUUCGCCGACUGCACGUGUGUUUGGAACCUACCCGAUGUUUCUUUUAUCAUAACCCUUUGCGUUAUGACUAUUUUCUUGGCAGCUGCGGUUAUAACGUGGUGUUAUUACACCAUCUACAAAACAGUAAAAGCAAGUGGGGAGAGAAUGCAGGGACACGCAGCCAAGAGUAACAUGAAAAGCGACCUUGCCCACAAAUCUGGUGAGAAAACGGAGAACAAAGUCCUCAAGACUUCAUUUGUGGUGGUUUGUGUUUACAUGACCUGUUGGACGCCUCUCUCCGUCAUGGGUUUCAUUGAAGUGUUUGGAGGAGAGAAUCCACGAUGGGCCCACUUAUUUGCCUACUACUUCGUGUUCUGCAGUAGCCUCACGAAUCCCUUCAUAUACGGCGUCAUGAACCCGCAGUUCCAACGAACCUUCAAAAAGAUGUUUCGUAUACGCGAGAACGAUGUGCAGCCCAUCUCAAGCCGCACAGAUUUCAAAGAAACAAAGAAUACCAUGUUAGGCAGUAAGGUGGUUUUAGUAGAUGAUAUGCCAAGCACGUCCAUAACUUUAUUACCUUUGUUUCGUGAUCAAAAUCACAAUGCAAGUGACACAGGUGUGUUUGUGAACGUUGUAGCUGAAGCUGAAGAACAGUCUGAUGUGCCUGGAAAGUCAUUUAUAAGGAAAAAUGGCCAGGCUUGGCAAAAAUGACCUAUUACAAUAAAACUGACAGAGUUUUUAGUUUUUUCUUUUCUACUUGGAUUCAGAAACAGGCAUAAAGACAAAGAACCACUUCCAGUCAGUUGGCCAUUAGCCGUAAUUUAGUAGCUGACAUACCAGGGCGGCUCGUCUAUUGUAACAAUUUUUUACUAAUGUAAGCGACUUUUAGGGUUUAGUUCAUUCUCACUUUUGUGAAAUAUCAUUGAAGAAGUUCAUGAGAGCUUGAACAACCAUCUCGUUGCAAACGAAGUUUUUCUCGAACAAAAUAUCAACGAUCACUUAUUGCUAAUAACUAAAUUAAGGGGGGCAAGUAAAUAAACGAGGAAUAGGACAGUAAUAGGAAUAUUACCCACGAAUAAGCAUUUUCGUGGACAAACUCUCGAACCUCAUAAUAAUCACGAUCUCAAUAUUUUUCAGUCUUAACUCACUGAUUGCCUGAACUUUAUUCUUAAGAUAUAAAUCAUAAGUGCGUCAAGAGACAGCCCGGUUGCACACUGAACCGCAGCGUCCUUUAGCAAGGUAACUGAACCUAGAAAACUUGUUAAUUAACUAAAUAGGAGAAUUUAGCCUUCUGACAUUGAGAAGUAUGUAAGAGCGAAACAUUUAUGUACCAUAACUUUUACAUGAAAUAUAUUAAAAAGAGCUUGACUUACCUGAAA